AAAAUUAACUUUUCCUCAUUACCAACCACCUAUCAUAUAAACUCGCUUCUCGUUUAGCAAACCCUCAUAAACACACACAUACAAAAUGUCUGCCGGCCUUCCCGAUAUGUCCACCGAUGCCAACUUGGCCGCUUUGGAGAAAUUCUUGGGCGAUCGCUCUUUCGUUGAUGGCCACACCCCAUCUCAAGCUGAUGUCGCAGUUUACGAUGCCGUCAGAUUGCCAUUCGAAAAGAAGUACCCUCACGUUGCACGUUGGUACCAACACAUUGCCAGCUACGGUGUCGAACACCCUGGCUUGCACGGUGACAAGGCCAAGGCUGCCUCUUUGAUCUCUGGUAUCUUUGGUGCUUCAACACCUGCUGGUGCCGCCGCCGCUGCAGGUGCUGCUGCCGAUGACGACGAUGACGUUGACUUGUUCGGCUCUGACGACGAUGAAGAUGCUGAAGCUGAACGUGUCAAGGCAGAACGUGUUGCCGAAUACAACAAAAAGAAGGCAGAAAAGGAAGCCGUUAAGGGUAAGACUGUUCACAAGUCUGUUGUUACAUUGCAAGUUAAGCCUUGGGAUGAUGAAACCGACAUGAAGGCACUCGAAGCUUCCGUUCGUUCGAUCGAAAAGGAUGGUUUGGUUUGGGGUGCUUCCAAACUUGUUCCAGUCGGAUACGGUGUUAACAUGUUGCAAAUCACUUUGGUUGUUGAAGACGAAAAAGUAUCUUUGGAUGAGUUGCAAGAAGAGAUCGCAGAGUUCGAUGACUACGUGCAAAGCUCAGACGUUGCCGCCAUGCAAAAGCUUUAA